AUGGCCACCGCCAAAUCUUCCCGGUCUAGGGCAUCGGGGCAGUCGGGGAUGCUGCAGGCGAAUGGAGUUGUUGGGAAUGGGGUCUCUGCCGCGGAUAGCGCGUUGCAGCUCACCGACAUGCUUCAGAUCUUCAAGUCGGACAACUUCGACCCCGACGGUUACGUGCAGUCAAAGUGCCAGACCAUGAGCGAGAAGGUAAUGGGUCCCUCCCUGCCGAUCUUUGAUCUUCUCUUCCCCCAUUUGGGCGUCCUUUCUCGACCGGAAUUGGUGCGUUAUGCCUCUUACGUUUUCCUGGGCCUUGAACGUGGAAGAAUUGUUUUCCGUUCCUUUUUUUGUAAAAAAAAAUUCCUUUGAUUUCGUGACUUUUUAUAAUCUGUUAACCGUGAGAAAAAGGGAAGAGAUGAAAAGGGCUUAAUGAUCUAUUAUUGUGCUCUGCAUGGAUGCUUACGUCCACCUUAUGGCGAGGAACCUGGCCUAUUUUGUAUCUAAUUUGACGUCUCACUUCUGAGUUGUAAUCUCCAUAGAAAAUAAUUUGAUUCAAGGGUUUUUGAUUGGCAAGGUUAGAAAUAGGACUGGAACCUGAUGCUCCAAGUACAAUUCUAAGCCUUAUUGGUUUCUCCAUUGUGCUGGGAGUGGAUCAGAAAAGGGAGGAUAAAGUAAGGUGGCAAAGAAAAAAAAUAAAAAGAACCUAAUGAUGAAUAUACACAUGGAAAACAAAAAAUUCAUUUGUGAAUGAAUGUGUGGAGGUUGUUGCAGAAUAUAAUCAGUAAUGCGAUGGAAAAACUUGUACUCAGUUUGACACUCACGUUUUUGCUUGCUGAACUUGGAAUCUCCCUGUAAUUCCUGUUGCAUCAGGACGAUCUAACGGGUUGACAUCAAAUAGCAAGUGGAUGGCGUAUACAUGGAAACUAGGAAUGAGUUGAAUGAAGUUUGGCUACCAUAGCUACAUAAAAGAUGAAGACUAGACUCAGAGCUUCGCUCGAUUGUAAUCGUGUGGCUCAUUCAUGAAUGUUAUCUUGUGAGGUAAAACUUAACUUAAUUUUUUUGAAAAUGACCCCAGCUGCAACUGGGACCUCAUUGACUGUCUCAAAUGGCUAGAGGAAUACAUUCAAGUAGGUGUCCAACUGGGUAAUGAGUUGAAUGGAUCUUGCUUUAAGGUGACUUGCCAGUACGAGGACUUUAUGGCUGGAUUUUUGAUCCGUUGUGAUGCUGCUCCUUGAACAUGGAUGUUUUCGCACCAUGUUGGAAACGACGUUCACAUAUUAUCCUUGCUAUUUGACUGUCUUACGAAACAACAGAUGAAAACUAUUCAUGCAUUUUUAUCAUCGUGUGUCGUAAUAACUACGUACCAUGUUAUUUACUGUACUUCUUGUUUUUAGAUUUCUUAUACUGAUCAUUAUGUAUAUCUUCUUGGAUGACAGCUCUUCAGAGCGUUUUCUUGUCCACUAACUGAAAACCACGCUGUUCUCUGUUCCUUCUUUUUAGAUGUUUUUCGCAUCACUGGAUAUCAACUAUAAUUGAAUCGAUAAUUUUCUUGGUUCAUUGAUUGAGUUCAUCAGAGUCACUAUAUCCCAUCAAUUUAUUUGCAUUUUGUGGACAUCACAAUGCGAUUGAAAGUUUUUUUGCUUCAUUUACUAGGAAAUUAGGCACCUGUGCUCCCAUCUCCAAGAUUUGAAGAGGGCUUCUGCAGAGGAAAUGCGUAGAAGCGUUUAUGCCAACUACGCUGCCUUCAUUAGGUGAGAAGUUUGACAAUCUUAUGAAGUGACUAUUCAGUUUUAGUAAGAGUGUUUUGUGUUUAUCUUUACUGUUUUUUCUAAGCAUACUGUGGUAGUUUUUCCUGUAAUUCCUGUGUUUGAUGUGAAUCUAAGUGUCUAGAUGCGUGUAGGCUUUGGUUAACUGGAGCAUAUUAUCUUUUUUUUCCCUCUUUUCAUCCACGCUGCACAUUUGCUUCCCUGAACAUCUUACAUCUUCCUAAAAUGGUCGAAUAGAUUGUUGCACAUUGUACACACCAAUGCUAGAAGCUUUUACUUGUGAACGAACUUAUUUUCCUGAACCAGUCUAUUCAGUUAUUAGUAUGCUGUAUGUAUUGAUCAUUGAUUGGCUUGGCUAGAGGAGGUUUGAGUUUUUGGAUUGGACCUUAAAAUAAGGAGAGGGAAGGGUGCUCUCGUGACCAUAUGUAAUCAUAAUAUGGUCAUUUGCCUGGCUACACAUUGUUUGUUCUCUAGCCUAGUCUGGGAAUGAAUACUCUUUGGACUGCCUAUGCUUUUUUUAUUUUUCUUUGAUCUACAAUAUUUUUUGGGUUACCGUAUGUUAUUUAUUUAAUAUGAGUUACUUCUAAUUUGGUGACUUCACAAGAAAGUUUCUCUUAUUUGUUGCUUGUACGAUGGAAUGUCAACACUGGGCUGCAGAAGGCAUUCCAUCCAUUAGAAAAUAACAGCCUUCGUUUUUUACCUAAAAAAUUCAUUGAUACCUCUAGAAGGUGGAAAAAUCACUCAAUCAAUUACUAGUGACGACGGUCUAGGGUUUAUAUCCUAACCCUAGAGGCAACAUAAUGGGUCACAACCAGGUUGGCCCAUUAUCUUAAAUGAAGGUCCAGUAGGUGGGCCGUGACAUAAGAAGUCCAUUACAUUUAACAAUGCCGUUUUACUCAGAUCCUUGUUUUUUAGUUGCUUUUUAUUUCUGUUCUGAUCAUGUCCGUAAUUAUUUCAAGACAUCUUGCCUUUUUGCAUACUGUCAUUCGGGAGACAUUCUAAGAAUCCUUUUGUUUCUUUUUUCCCUUUUUUUCGGGGAAGUAGGGGAUAAGAAGUUCCAUCUAUAAAUAACGGGACAAUUGUCUGUUUGCUACUGGUUGCUGUUGGAUGUCUACCUUUUGUCUGCUUAUGAUUGGGGUAAUUUAUUAUUAUAUCAGUAAGAUAUCUGAAAUUUAUUUUUUAGGGAAUCAUCGUAUGUAACUAUUUUCAAACUAGUUAUUUUCUUCACGCUCAUUUGACACUUUUAAUCAUUGAACGUUAUAAUUAUUGUUUUUAUUUUGAAUAGAACAUCAAAAGAAAUAUCAGAUUUGGAAGGCGAGCUCCUUUCCAUUAGAAAUCUACUAUCCACGCAGGCUACUCUUAUUCACGGUUUAGCUGAAGGAGUUCAUGUUGAGUCUUUGUCAUCUUCUUCCGAGGACUCUAUUAAGGAAGAUGCAUCUCAUGUUGAAGACAGAGAGCCUUCUGACAUUGAGAGGUGGGCUUUGGAAUUUCCUGAUAUACUGGACGUUUUGUUGGCAGAGAGGAGAGUUGAUGAAGCUUUGACUGCCUUUGAUGAAGGAGAGAAAAUGAUUACAGAGGCAAAAGAGAAGAAAACAUUGAAUGCAAGUGAACUCUCAUCAUUGCAGGCAGCUAUUACUGACCGUAGGCAGAAAUUAGCUGAUCAGCUUGCUGAUGCAGCUUGCCAGUCUUCAACACGUGGUGUUGAGCUUCGUGCAGCUGCUUCAGCGCUUAAAAGGCUUGGAGAUGCCACUCGUGCUCAUAACUUGAUACUUACCGCUCAUGACCAGAGGCUUCAAUAUAACUUGCAAACUAUUCACCCAACAAGCACUUCGUAUGGAGGAGCAUAUACUGCUGCCCUUUCACAGCAGGUUUUUUCAGCUAUUGCUCAAGCUGUGAAUGAUUCUUUGGAUGUCUUUGGCAACGAUGAGUCGACAUAUGCAUCAGAACUGGUGAUAUGGGCUACAAGAAAAACUGAAACGUUCGCACAUCUUGUAAAGAGGCAUGCAUUAGCUUCAUCCGCGGCUGCUGGAGGAUUAAGAGCUGCUGCAGAAUGUGUUCAGAUAGCAAUAGGCCAUUGUUCUUUGUUAGAAGCUCGGGGGUUAUCACUUUCAUCUGUUCUUUUUAAAACAUUUAGACCUAGUGUUGAACAAGCUUUGGAUGCCAAUCUAAAACGGAUUGAAGAGAGUACAGCUGCACUGGUUGCUGCUGAUGAUUGGACACUAGCAUAUCCUCCAGUUGGUGCACGCCCAUCUGGGAGAACCUCCACUACCACAGCUGGUGGUGGAAAUGCAUUUCAGUCAAAGUUGUCAAGCAGUGCACUACGUUUCCAUUCAAUGGUUCAGGUGAGUAAUAGAUCUUGACCUGACUGUUAUAUCUUCGCGCAUAUUUAUUUGUUGUAAGCCAUGGAUUGGCUACCUGCACCUGCAAGACUCUGUUUGCUAUUCUUUAGAAUUCAUAUUCACUUAUAUUUUUGUCCUUCCAAAAAGAUUGUAAAUGCUUCAUUUAGUACUGCCCAGUGGCAUUGCGAUUUUGCGAGAGUACUAAAAUUAGUCUCUAAUUGUGCGCACUAAUCAGCUCAUAAAUGUGCUUGGCACUGUUCAUUAGCUCAUGUAACUGCCUUUGUUGCCGGUAUCCUGAUGCACUAGUGUUCUUCUACAUUAGUUCAUCUGUCAGCAUGGGGGUCAUGGUGGAGAGUGCUUGACAGUCUUGUCAAAAGUCCGUUGAGAAAACAUUAUCCUCCGAGGAGGUUAGCUCAGGCAUUCUGCAUUAUCAUUUCCAACAUAUAUUACCCUUUCUUCAGUUUAAACCUCCGAACUUAUUUUAUUGCAUCAGGGUUUCAUGGAAAUCAUCAAGAAUGUCCUGUUUUUAAUCUCGUGUUCUCCAACCUUAUUGUGUCUGAUGCUUUGCUUUCCUGAAAGUGGCCACCGUAUGAAAGAUUGCUGCAUUUUUCUCACACUUCUUUUACUACGUUUUUAGGGUUUCUGUAUCUUUUUUUUGUUUUCUGCUCUUCGUCCUAUUUGAACUUAAUCCCUUAUUUGAUUCCUCACCCUUUAAGGCAGGAACUUGCAUAAAAUUUUUGGGAGUCUGAGUUUUGAGGCCACUCACGUAAUGAGGGGAAUGUGAUCUGGAGGUUGUUUACAAUCGAUUCACUCGAUUACAGGCCCGGGAAGCAUCCGGUUCCUAGCCAUUGUUUGUGCUCUAUGAGACCAUGGUUAAAUCGACUUCGUCCAUAUGAUACCUAUCAUCCCAUUGCUUCUGAGCUGUUGACCUCAUUUGCCAUGAUUGGACCUUUCUGAUUGAAUUUACCGCAUAUAAAGUCUCCUCUUGUGUUUCAAACUUUUGGAAGUGAUUCUUCAGUUUGUUGAAGUUGUAAAAUGAGAGCAGGCUUGGUACGUCAUCUUGCUUGCAAUAAACCAAGGUUUAUAUAAAAUCAUAUUGUUGCAUUGCUGAAAUUACAAAAGAUGCAGAACCUGCGGAUAUUACUCCCUUCUCCUCAGUGAUCGUCUUGAUUCACAACAUUACUUGACCCUCCUGUGCUCAGCAGGUGGAAAGGUCCAUCUGGUAUCCUCCUCUAAUCGGGUUAACAUUUCCACUUGAACUGUGGAAAGGUUCUGCGUUCUAUAGAUGGAUUUGGACUGCUACCGACAAGUACAAUACCUUAUUCCCUUUUAUGCUCAACCAUUGGUUUCCACUAUUUAAACGCGAACAGCCAGCUAGCAUACAACUAAAUUUUGUCUAGACAUUCCUUUCUCCUGUGAUUGUAAUCAAUGGCUGAUAUCUAUGGUUUUCUCUCUCCGAAUGUCUCCUCUUCUUUCCAUUUGCCUGACAGACUUCUGCAACCAGAUGCAUUCCAAAAGUUAUGUUGCUAUUCUAAGUCCUCAUGCCAUGAUAUUUCUAUUGUUUAUAUAAAAUUUUCUUUAUCUUUCUUGGUAGUUACCACGGUACUAGGAGCCACCCUUGAAGAACAUUCAUAAGCCUUAAUCUUUUUAUAAUCUUGUAUCUUUAUCUUUUGUUAUCUAUAUCUCCACACAUUAAGCCUUCAGCGAAAUUCCUAACAUCCGUGGCACAAUGACACUCUUCAGAUAAAUAAAGGUUUUGAUGUGGGAAUGUCUCCAAUUGGCUCUGCUUCGAAGCCCCCCUUUAGUGCUGUCCACCUCGGACUAUUGCUCUUCAGUUCAGAGGCCUUUGUUCGUUCUUCCCAUUAUCCCCGCUUCGUUACUGGGCACUGCCCUUAAUAAUAAAUCCAAAGCCAGGGUUUUGGUCCCUUCUGUUCAUCUUCCAUCUCUUCUGGUCACCAGUCUCGCACUCUGUGGCCUUAACUCCGUCUAAAUGGUGGUUAACCUUCUGCCUUGUUGUCAGGUGAUAAACUCGAUUCUUUGUAUAGUUGGUAGCACAUGGCUACAGUGUAAUAAUGUGGGGAGAAUGGAAGAUUUUCUAAGCUAAUGCUAUUGUAUUUCCAUUCUAUAAAUCUCGUACGACUUUUACUCCCUGUAAUCACGUGAAAUUAUGCUGGGAAACCUUCCAGGGUAUGCAUGAGAAUUGAUUAAUACUGUGUUCCAGGGUUUUUUUACUGCUGCUUACAUGUGUUCAAAAUGAUUACCCUUUAUUUUUCGUAAUAUUUCUACUGCAUUGGACGUUGUUGGGCGGACCUAUGCUAAAUAGUUUAAACAUCUGUCAAUAUCAUCUUUAUGACUUUACCAAUCAUUGAGAUGAGAAGGAAUUUCUAUGAAAUUUAUCUAGUAGCAUGGGUUAUUGACUUCAUUAAGACAACAGAUACCCAUGGUUGAUAUUGACCAAAGAAAAAAAAGGAAAAAAAAAAGUGUUCCGUGAUGAUUCUUUUAUCUUUUGAUACUACUUGUUUUCAAGGAUAACUAAAUCCUUCUGUAUCAAAUUCGUGGUGGAAAAACUUUGCUCAGAUGCAUAUUUUACUGUAACUAUAUCUCCUUGAUUUUGGUAAUUAAAUUUCCGUAAAUGAAAAUCUUAAGUUUUUUUUUUCAUACAAAAAGCUUUUUUUUCGUCCAUUUUCAACCAUACCUGCAAAUGUGUUCUCUUUACACCGAUUUUCAUUUUUUUAUCAUCCAUUGAAGGCUCUAGAUUACGUUUGAUACAUUUCGGCACAUAUUUGUAUGGAUAAGUGCCCCAGAACAAAGAGAAUGGAUAAGUUUCCUAUCUUAUCUGGACAUUUCAUUUCCAGUCAUUCACAUCACAGUUCCUCCAAUUUCAGGAUUUCUUUGAGGAUGUAGGACCACUUCUGAGUAUGCAGUUAGGGGGCUCCACGUUGGAUGGUGUUUUACGAGUAUUUAACUCCUAUGUCAAUUUGUUGAUAAAAGCCUUACCUGGUUCAAUGGAAGAGGAGGCUAAUUUGGAAGGUGCAGCGAAUAAAAUUGUGAAGACUGCAGACACUGAAGCACAACAGGUAGCACUAUUGGCGAAUGCAUCUUUCUUGGCGGAUGAACUUCUGCCACGUGCAGCCAUGAAGCUUGCUCCGCUAUACCAGGGUGGUCAAGAUGACCCUCAUAGAAGAGCUUCAGAUCGACAAAACAGGUUUCCAGAACAAAGAGAAUGGAAAAAGAAGCUUCAGCGUGCAGUUGAGCGGCUUCGUACUAUUUUUUGUAGACAGCAUGCCCUUGAUCUGAUUUUUACUGAAGAUGGACAUUCCCAACUAAGUGCAGAUAUGUAUCUUAAUAUUGAUGGAACUGUUGACGAGUCGAACCUGACUCCAUCUCCCAUAUUCCAGGUAUGUUGUCACUUCUGUGGUCGGCAUAUACCCGUUUUAUUACGAUCCCUUCUUUGUUUUUGUUUUGAUUCUGAGAUAUUUCUUUUGAAGUUUGCCAACUGGACUGCCUAACAGUAAUAUUUUUUACAAUUUAUGUCCUUUUCUCCUCCAGAUUUCAGUUCUUGUGUCUAACGCUGAUAGAUAAGAUAAUUAUAUUUUUCAUUAUUUUUUUUGGUAAAUCCACUACUUCUAGUUUCUGUUUGUCAAAUUUUGUUUUAGUUUCCUUCAAAUCUGUUUUGUCCAAUUUUGCCAAUUAUAUUGUUUUGGGAAAUCCACUACCGUCUCAAAUUUAGUUCGAAAGCCAUGUUGGUCUUUGAAGUUUCCCAAAGAGAAUUAUGAGACGAUUUUCAGGGCAGAAAGUUUAUUUUUGCACAAUUAUAUAUUGUAAGUUAUGGAAAUGGGCAUGAAUCAAUUGAUCCAUGAGAUAACACCAAGAGCGAGGUUUGACUUUUCAUGGUUAUAAUAUAUUUUUCGUUUUUUCUGUUGCCUAUGAAUGCAUGGGCAUACAUCUUCGUUUUACUUGUACUCUUGAGAUUCUUGUGAGAUUCACAACCAAGGAUUCUGAACAUUCCAUCUUUGUUUUACUUGUACUCUGGUCAUCCAAUUGAAGGAUUGCUCCCAUCUGUCGCACUCUUUGAGCCAACUCACCCUUUGAACGCUUUCCCCUGUCGUCUUGUGAAAAAAAAAUAUCUGGGCUUGAUUUUUUUUAUGUUGGGCUCGUGAAUUUCUUAAGCCUUGAUUUGGCAAUGGUUAUUAUAAUGUCUGUCAUAAAACCCAGGAUUCUGAACAUGGUUUUUUGGCGUGUUGUCUAUGUCAAAUCUUCAUGGUAUGGAAAAAUCAUAGGAAAGAGAGGACAGUUAAUUUUAGAAAUUCCAUUUUCUUCUUCUUCUGGGGAGGGAGGGGACAGCGGGUCAGUUAGGAAUGCUUCUUAAAACCCAGAGAUGCUUCUAUUCAUAUUAUUUUCAUUGUCGAAUGCAUCGUUUUUAAACCUUAACCGAUCUACGGCAUGCCAUCAUUGACCCCAGAUUUACUGGGAAAGAUGGAUAUUGCUCAUUCAAGGUCUUGAAACAUAUAUAUUUUUUAUGUAAUAAUGGUCCGUGGAUUACUUCAAAAAGAAAUUCUUGGCGAUACUCUUGGUGUCUCAUAUUCUCUUAUUAUUUCCUCAAACUUAAUUUUGCUUAUUCCCUUCUGGGUUGGUUCCCUUUUACUUAAUUUUUUCAUCCGCAUGUUUUCAAACUUCAAAUCCCUCUUUUUCUUUGAACUGUUGAUACAAUUUAAAUCUAUCAGAUGUCAAUUUUCGCAUCGAAUUUGUGGUGGGUACAACUUUUUCCUAGUAUGCAUCAGAGAAUGUCGAUAUGGUUCACCUGAUUGCUUCCAGUUGCCAUUAUAGUCCUUUAUGGGAAAAUCAUGGCAUCUGAACGGGAAGACAUAAUCAGAAGAGCGCCAUAUCUUUUCAGCAAUCUCUCCAUUUUUUGUUCUAAAAAAAAAACCGUUGAUUUUUCUCCGAGCUCGAUUUGAGUGGCCUGAUCUGAUAUCCCUUUUUUUUUCUUUUUUUUUUUGGAACUAUUUUCUCGAUUUAUUAAUCUUGUUCCUAAGCCUUUUUCGUGAACGUGGAAUAAAUAGUAACAGUUGGUCUAUUUUACAUGAGCAUGGUCUGUAAAAUAGUCUGCUCUGAUGAGACCCGCCCAUUUCCUUCCGCUGUUCUUCCUUACCCCAGGAACUCUUUGAGAAGCUGCACAAAAUGGCGAUCAUUGCUUCAGAUAUGUUCAUUGGUCGGGAGAGAUUUGCUACAUUGCUGUGGACGAAACUCACCGAAACGGUCAUCUUGUGGCUUUCGAAUGAUCAGAGCUUCUGGGAUGAUAUCGAAGAGGGUCACAAGCCUCUGGGUCCUCUUGGUCUUCUACAGGUAAAUCCAGAUCAACAAUAAUAUCUAUCCAUCCAUCUAUCUAUAUCUACGUUAUAUGUUAUUUAUUUUCCGCUCGAAAGCAUUAUUAAUUGAUAUGUUGAUUUCCUCCAUGUUCUUGGUGCAGUUUUACCUGGACAUGAAAUUUGUGGCUCAGUUCGCGACUCAAAAUCGUUUCUUAUCCCGGCUCCUGAAUCAAGUAAUCAGAGAGGUCAUUGAGAGGGCCCUCGCCGCUUUUUCUGCAACUGGCAUCGAUCCAAACAGGUGAGGCGGCCUUUUCUUUCCUCUUCCUUUCUUUCCCCAAUGAUUGGAAGGCAAGAUAUAUAUAUAUAUAUAUAAUUUUAUGUUAUAUAAAAAAGAGAGUAAACUUGGGUUGGAGCUUGCUGAUGCGGACUGUUAUCGAGAUGUGAUGUGAUGUGAUGUGAUGAUUUAUUUACCAAGAUCAGGACAUUUUUAGGCUGAUUUUUUCGAGAAAUCAAUCGGGAAAAUCUCUUCUCCAGUUGCUUGUUGGGGUUUAUGAAAGGCAUCAUCCUCUGUUCUAUCUCGUUUUGGACCCCGGAUCAUGUGGGCAUGCGGCAUUUUAUCUCUUUCUUGUAUGUUUUAUGAGUCGGAACUGAGUGAUUUACACAAGGAAAGAUUAUCAUGCUCUCUCUCUCUCUCUCUCUCUCUCUCUCUCUCUCUCUCUCUAUAAUGGGCUGCUCUGAUGCUCUCUCCUCUGCGGUGUGUUGCAGCGUUCUUUAUGAGGACAGAUGGUUCGAGGGCAUCGCCAACGAAACCAUCCAGUCAAUAAAGGGCAACCCGAGCAACGGCGACAGAGAGGUCAACAGCCCGACUGCUUCUGUGUCGGCGCAGUCCAUAUCCUCGGUCAGAUCCCAUGGGAGCUCCUAG